UUGACUGGUGAUAAACCUGUUUGGGGAAGCAUUUACCUCAAGUCGGUGCAGGUUUGGGUCCGCACCUAUGGGUGUGACAAAGCUUUGGCGUGCCCUCCUAUGAACAUUCUCAACCUGCCGGAUGGGUCUGUGGCGCCCCUGAGUCGAGCACCGAACACCACCUUCCCCUACAACUGUGUCGGAGACCUCAUGAUGGCGAAAAAGGUGGACGGUACCGAGUCACCUGCAGGAGAGGUCACCUGUCUACCGGGCAGCAACGGAAGUCAACCAGAAUGGGACACACAAUUCCCAUGCGCCCUGGUGUGUCCGAGUGAUUUUAUUAUGUCCAAGAACCGCAAGAGUUGCUACUACUUCUCCACAACUAGAGCAAGUAUGGGUCAUACCGAUGCUUUAACAAGGAGAGACGGAACCAUCUUCCCAGACAUUGGCAGCUUUCAGUCUCAUGGCUUUAAGUGUGACUUGCAGUACCUAUAUUGCCCGGGUCGUGAAAAUGGUCACGAGACAUGCGUCAUCCUCAACAAGGGAGGCCACCUCAACCUAACAGAGUGCUACAGUGCCCAGUACUACGCCUGCAUGAGACCAGGUUCGUGUCCACCUGGUUACACCCUCUACAACUCUCGGUGCUACAAGGUGAUAAACAAAAGUCCAUUCUCCAACUUCCUGGACGCCUUGGACACCUGUAACUACGAUGGAGCAGCUCUUGCUUAUCCACAGGACAUUGAUACUCUUAACUACCUCGUUACAUUUGCCCAGUCAAAUAUGACCGGGAGUACACCGACUACAAUGAACUUCGCUAUUGGAUUCACAAACAUAUGGCAUGACCUGACGAUAAACAAUAUCUACGAACCUUCCAAUGAUGUGGUAGCUGCGGUGCAGAGUCUAAAUCGUAGUGCAAACUCUAACUGCACCUUCCUCAGCGUGACGAACAGUGAUCAGUGGGUCCUCACUCCUGCCUCCAUCAACACAACCUUUACGUACGCCAUCUGCGAGUUCCGUGGUCCUCUAGGAUGCUGGGACGACACUCCUUAUUACGAGAACUUUUCGGUGAAUGGGAACUUACCUGGUAACACCGUCAAUCAAAGGCUGAAUUACAGCUGCUGGCCCGGGUACUACGUGAACGGUGUCGUAGGUAGCGAGUGGUCUCAGUAUCUCUGGUGUUAUGGUCAGCUGGGCGGCUGGUUCCCCAGACAACCACCUCUCGAUCCCUGUAUAGGUAUUGAUGUGUGUAACGAGACCUUCCCGCCUGCACCACCUGGUAUAGUGAUGACGCCAGAUACUAACCCACGCUACAAGACCCACAAGCUUAACUACAACUGCGCAGCCAACGGCAUGUCGAACCUCGUCGGCCAGUCCAGCCAGAAGCUGGUCUGCACGAAGUACAAUGAGUCGUACUACAACUAUGUUGGACCCAACAUAACUGAAUGUCAGAGAUGCCUGAACAUUAAUCUACUUAACGCCAAUACAACUUCCUUGUCUACUGAUGUGUGGACGAUAGGCGAGCAAGUUACCGUCACCUGCAAUUAUAGUUACCAAGUUUCCCACAACGUCAGUACGCAGGAGAUCACCUGCACCAACAAUGGCUGGCAGUUUCUCCCCUGCCAGAAAGUAUGUUUAGAGGUGCCAGAAGUGAGGAACGCUACAACGGAUUGGAGGGACAAGAUGUGGAGAGUGAAUGAUAAUGUCACUGCCACCUGUUUGGGUAACCUGUACUUCGCCUUGCUUAAGUCUCAGACAAGGAAGGUCUUAUGUACGGAUAAUGGCUGGGACAACAGUACUGGCUGUGAUGAAGUGUGCCUAGAUAACGCGGUGGUGGCCAACGCUACUGUGGACCUGCAGGGAAAGUACUGGCUAGUGGGGUCAACUGUUCCAGCUGUCUGCAACGCCAGUCACAUGUUCCUGCAGGAGGAAAAUAACACAGUACCCAUUAUGUGUACCAGCCUGGGCUGGGAGAACAGAACAGGAUGCGCCCUAGUGUGUGAGGGGAAACCGAACCUUCAGCAAGCCAACACCGACUGGAAUAGCACCGGCAUAUAUCCCGUGGGAUCUACAGUAACUGCCACCUGCCUCUCUGGCUACCUCCUACCUGGAGGCGCCCAGGAAUACCAGGUUGAGUGUACCGACUCUGGCUGGAAUGUAACGUUUACAAGAAAUAAGAAAUUGUCAAAACAUGCAUCGUGGAUAACUAAUAAGGAUGAAGCUCAUAUAGAGAAAAUAUCCCACAAACCUGGCGAGGUGAAGGCGAGAGAACUCUUAUCUAGCAGCUACACGCCCGACUUGACCUGA